AUGAAGCAGGUAUGCAGCAUGUCUGAGGAGGAGAGGACGUCCGCCGCGAUGGAGGUGUGGCAGGCGGCGGGUUUGCGGCGGAGUUGCGACAGGCGCGCUUAUCUUGGCCGAGGGCUGCAGCCGGAGUGUGCUGCCUGCCGUGAAUGGCCUGGUGCUCUUGGUACUCGCCGGAAUUUGGUGCAUCUCGGGUGCCCUCGAAUCUCCUUGCCUGAAAUCGAGGUUUCUAGUGCUCGUGGAUCGCCGACUCGCACGACUUUCUCGUUGCCGGAAAAUUGGUGGCCUCCUUCUUGCAGAGGAAGAUGA